AGCUCAUGAAGAUUACAUGCUCACUCGCUUAUUUCUAAGCUCAUAUAUUAUCGAGUGUCGACCAUAAUGCGAUUCACAUUAUUUAUAUCAGUCCCUACUUUGGUUCUUUGCGGAGAGCACGAUACAAUUGAGCCCGACUAUGUAAUCUACCCGGCAGAAGCUUAUAAGCAGCUGGGCAAGUCUGUUUCACACUGGACAGAAGACUUGCCUCAUCCAAUGCGUAAAGAAAUGAUUCGCUUAGCCUCGAAGGAUAUGAGCGUCUCAGAUUACUGGAUUCUGCAAAAUGAAUUCGUCACACAGGAACAGGCUGAGCGACUAUGCAAAAUAAUGACGUUGCGACUAGCUACCUUCAAAGAUGUUGAAACAGCGGCUGAGGUGCUUGCACGCUUUCGAGAACACCACUGUCCAGAUUGCGGGAGGUUCACGGCUUGGAUACGAAAAAUGAGGGGCCGGUGUACGAGGAAAGAUAAAUGCACUUUUAUAUCUCUCAAUAAUGGUACAUUGGGAGACGGAAACUAUUGCGAUCGUAAACGUAGAGAGAAGAAAAAUGUCACAAUGCCAUAUAUUUGCGAACAUGUACUUCGAGAAGCGGAUCCCUUCGAAAGUAAAAGGCAGAACGCUACAGCCAUGUAUGACACUAAUAGCCGGUAUGAUGCUAAACGGAUGAUUACGCGUAUACACAUCCUACAUCCAGCAGAUGAAAGUGGACAGGGAAGGAUUUUGAGCUGGGCAGGAGCUAAACAAGAAUGUGCAAAGUUUGGUUACGAACUCUCAUCUCCAUCGAAAGACGACGUGGACAAAAUUGGCAAUAGCUUAGACCCAAAGGGAUUGUAUUGGGUGGCAAGACGCAAGGAAGAUAUCAAAAAGGGUCUUUGCACGGUGCUUUCAGCGUUUGAUACCAACAAGUUGGCAGCAACAGAUUGCAAAGGAGAAUUCAGAAAGGAAAGCGACAGAAUUCUUGGUUAUCUGUGCGUAUCUCAUCACCGGAAGUUGAAGCCACCGCCAAAGGGCAAACAAAACAAAUUCAAGAAUCUUUUCCCAGUAAAAAAUGAUCCCACUUCCAAAAAGAGCCCCUCGAUCAACAAGAAUCGGAAUACGAAGAAAGGUCCCCCAGUGGGAAGCAAGCCCAGUUCCAAGAAAAACACUGUAGUAAAUAAUAAUGCCAGUACCAAAAAGAGCCCUUCGAUGAACAAGAGUCCGGCUUCGAAGGCGGUUCCGUCAGUGAACAACAAGCCCAUUUCCAAAAAGAGUCUUCCAGUGAAUAAUAAUUCCAAUACCAAGAAGAGUCCCUUGUUGGGCAAGAAUCCAAAUUCGAAGAAGGGCUCCUCAGACAACAAGUCCAGUACCAAGAAAGGCCUCUCUUUGAUUAAGAAUCCCAGCCCCGAGAAGAGCCUCUUAAGGAACAAUAACCACAAAAGCAAAACCACAAAGAAAACUAGACAGUGGCUCCUACCAGUGUUUAAAAAGUUCGGAUCUCUACAACGUAAAGCAGUUCUGGACACAUAGUAAUUUCCUCUAUGUUUUAUAGUUUUCUAGUUAUCGUCAUUACAUC